AUGGGUGCAAGCGAUUCUAAGCUCGUUUUUAAACGGGGCAUCUUUCGGUUAUGCGAAGAACGACAUAUACCUGCAGAUGAUGCCUACUGGACCUCUUUCUGGGAGCUCCCUGAAUCCUCCGAGGACGUCUUUAGUUUGUUCACGCCUGCAGAUAUUCGAAGGACUCGCGAUCGCGCCCUCGAGAACCUAGAAACCCUCAUCCUCGCCGUCACUUCUCGCCUAUUCAUACUACGUCAUCAUCCAUCUUUCCCUGACCCGGAACUUGCUCCAGAGCGUGAGGCAUUGAAUUGCGUCCGGGUUCUGACCCGGAUCCUGCCUUACUUGUAUGAGAAAGACUCUCUAGGCGAAUGGGAACAGCAAUUCUUCUGGGCACAGCGGAGGAAGCGCACUCGGCAGGCUGCCAUCGCCAAUGAAAUCCUCUUCGACGAAGCCCAGGAAGCCGAGCGCAAAGUCGAAUCCGCACAUUUUGAGGAGGUCAAGCCACUUGCAGAGGAGCUGGUAGACACACUGGUAGAUCUGCUAUUCUUUUCUGACUUGACAUUACCGCGGCAGCCACACGGACGAUCCAAGGUCAGCUAUGCGAUAUGGCAGAGUGGCGUGGGGUGCAAUACGGCUGUUGCAACAACAAAGGAGUAUGAAAGCAAUCGAUCAGAAAUCCUGCGCCUUCUUCUGACCAUGGCUGGCCAGAGCCUGUACACGACAGCCGGCGUUCUUCCACAGACUGGUGUGCGAACCUUGACUCAUCUCUGUGCCUGCCCAGACAAGCAAGUGGUACUCUCGGUGCUCUGCUCUCUGCUUAAUACGACAUUAAAAUACAAUCCCGCAACCUGGCGCGUCCCUUACAAUACCCUUGUGUUCAAGGAUGGCAAGCAAAUGCUUGUUACGUACUCUCUGCAUUUUCUUUUGGUACUUCUUCUGUACCCUAUCCCCGAAAGCCCGUCAAAUCCUUCGCCCAAAAACUCUUAUCGUCAUUUCCUAGGCCGGCUGCAUCGGGCUCAAGACUUCCAGUUCAUUGUUGAUGGAAUGACCCGGAUCCUGAACCAACCUCUUCAAGAGAAGACUUCAUAUCUUCCAGGUACUCAGUCCUCUGGCCACUUUGCACCUGAGAUACUCAUGCUAUUUUGGGAGAUCCUGCAAUGCAACAAGAGGUUCCGUUCCUUUAUUGUGGAUACCGAGAGAGCACACGAUUUUGUCGUACUCGCCCUGUUCUACGCCCUCGAGUAUAAAAACGAUGCUACCAAGCAGGGCGUUGUGCGUAUGUGCGCCUUUCUACUCCAGACUCUAAGUGUAGAGACGAAUUUCGGAGUCAACUUGAACAAGUACUUCGAAGGCCAGGAGAGCUUGCCAGUCUCCAUUCGCGUGCCAGGCUUCAGGGGCACAUAUGCCGACUUUCUCAUACAUUCCAUCUACAAUCUGAUUACAACGAGCCAAGGAAAGCUAUCGGCGAUAUACCCGGCUCUGUUGGCGGUGAUUAAUAACAUUGCCCCUUACCUCGAGGGCCUGAGUAGCGCCAGCAGCUCCAAGCUGAUGCAGCUGUUCUCUUCCAUGUCCUCGCCCUCGUUUCUUCUUUCCAAUGAGACUAACCAUACCCUCUUGCACUCGCUUUUGGAGUCCAUUAAUUCCAUUCUAGAGAACAAGUAUCGCAAGAAUCCUGAACUUGUGUUUGCUAUCCUCAGGAAUAAGAAGCGAGUCGAGGCCCUGCGCUCAUUUACUCUUGAGAGCGGGCAAGAGGAGAUCGAGAGGCGAAACAGAAGAAGAAAAGACUCUGGACAGCAUGCUGACCCGUUGGAGGCUACAUCCGUUCGCAGCUCAGUCGACAGCCUAAGAAGUCCAAGCAGCGCCCACCCUCGCCACUCAUCAUUAGAGGAAGUUCCAGAAGACGGCGCAUUUGCAAUCGGAGACGACGACGAUGAUGAUGAAGAUGACGAUAGUGACGAUGAAGAGCAACAAGAGACCCCUGCAAGGUCAACGUCGAGUGAAGCGCCUUCCAGAAGAUCAUCAACCCCUAACGCUGAGGACGCUCUCCCAACACAAUUGAGGGGAAUGUCUGAAAAGGCUCGCGGUAAGAUGCCAGCCGGUGUUCCCAGUUUCUCACGGCAGAAUAGCACAACAAGUUUGGGCGGGCACUCAAUAUCAGGGCAAUCGCAAGCAGGCGCAUUCGAACCAACGGCUCACUGGAUUGAUAGUUGGUUGCUGGAGCUGCCGCUGCAUACGAUCCUGGCAGUUAUCCAACAGGUCUCAGCUCUCCUGCCGCGCCAAGAAUUAGCAGCUGAUAUUCCGACACCAGAAACGCUUCGGCGGAUCUCAGGUGUUGGGAUUGUAGGUAUUGAACCUUCAGCCCCUCGUGUGCACUCAUUUGAGUGGUCUCAGCUCGCCCUGGGCUGGUAUGAAUCUCUUUUAUGGGGCAUUAUAUUCACAAACGAGAUGCAAGUUUCGAGAGGAACUAUGGGUAUAUGGAACGGGACUUCGAUCAAGCUCUUCCGAGUUCAAGAAACAGCCCCAGAAGGUCCGACUCUGACUUCACCCCGGGGUGCUGUUGACGCAGUUGGCAGCAACAUAGUGUCACGAAUAGGGCAGAUGAACCUUCGCGGUGGGCCGCAAGGUAGUAACCAGCCGCCGCCACGGAAUGGCUGA